AUGGGGUUUAUUGCCUAUGGUUUUCUCACGUUUGACACGGAGGGGCAUUUCGGGAGUAACUUCGGAGCAGGAACAUAUGGACGGUGACAACUAUUUAUUUCUAAGUUGUAAAAAGAAGUGACUAGUAUCAUUCAAGCGUAGUUUCCUAAGAAGUAGAGCUAGAUGAAGAGUAGUUUUCCUUGUUCUUGUAAGUACCAACUCCCGACCUGCUUGUUUGGUUAUGUGCUACAACGUCAGCAUUCGAAAACGUGAUUCACGAAGAUAAAUGCUUUUGACGCCUCAUCAUAUUCCUGUCAACAUGACGCAGAAGGCUACGACUCUUGGUCUCAGUAGUACUCGUGUUCAAGGGCUAAUAUACUAGUAAUCCAAUUUCUUCUAUAACAACUCGAAUCAUCUGACGAAAACUACAGCAGAUCUGGUCCUUUCUCCUUUUCCGGCGACCCGUUGGAGUCCUCACGGUUAGUACGCACCCUCGCCAAGAUCGCAGCCGUGAUUACAUGCAUGUGCUUUCUUGCCAGUAUACUCAUCUGCAUGUUCAUGGCCUUCAUGACAUCGCAUCUCUCGGUAUGCGGCUUGACAAGUUCUACUCGCGAACAAGAUGGAAGAGACGUUCCAGUUUGUCAGUGUCGAACAGUAGCUUUGAUCCGGAUUUUGGAGGCGACUGGGUACAACUACCUUACUGGCGUCCUUGCUACCAACUUUCUCGCAGUGUCAUUAUGGAGAUGAACUCUUUCUUGUUGAUGGUUAGCGAUAGGUGUUCGACAAGUAAGAUGAUGACGAUAAUGUAAGACGAAAAAAGGCGUCGGCGUGGUCAAAACUACAACUUCACCGAUGAGUAUUAUUGAUGCCGUUGCGUAGAUUUGGUUUUGAAUUUGAUGUGAGGAGAAGUUUUUGUUUUUGAUACUUGUCAGUCUAUUACUAUUUUCAUCGAGUACAAGUUCUUGAUUAGCCUUAGCUCAUUCUAACUCCCGUCCUCCUCUACUGUAUCACUUUGCUGCCUGCGGGAUUUGGCGUUAUCGGGAUAGUGUGUACUGUUGCCUUUUGGUUUACUCCGGAUAAAAUGACCUCCAUGUACGCCAGAAGUACAGGUGCUUUAGUUGCGAUCCAUGAUCCAACUUGGGCUUAUGGUGGAGGUGGAUCAACGUCGAAGUUUACAAGAACCUGAUCCAUGAUUCUACAACCAUGUUCUUGAAGAUGUUGAUCGUUGAAAAUCAUGUGGUCCGUCAACAUGAACAUCUUCAACAUGUUGUUGACAUGAUGAUGAUCAAGAAUGUGAAUCUUCGGAGAAGAAGUUGAUGUUCCCAAUUUGUCCCCAACCACAACAUCCUCUAAGCAAUGAAGGUCCUGGCCUUUAACAAUCAUCUCGGCCACUCUCCUCGGAAUCAGUUCCCGACACUGAUGGGAGGCCAGUUGGAAUUAAAGGCUCGACGAGAGGCUAUGGCACUCAUUGAGUUAUGAAGAAUCUUCUAACACUUGCUGGACUUCUUGUAUAUUACAGGUACUUAUAGAUACAACUAGGUAACAUUAUUUUUUUAUUAACAUCACACAAUCUGGUGGACCGCUUCCAGCAAUCGACACAACGACCCCAGCGCCACCAAGAACCCUGGUCUAAUUAAGGGUAGGCUAAAGGUGCUUUUGUUACCGUUUGUUAUGGCUCUCCUAAGGGGAACGGCCAUCACAAACGGGACAAGCGAACACCAAGAACCUCCCUCUAAGCUAACGAGGACAGUUCUGGCGAACAGGCAAAAGACAUUGGAGAUUGAAAAUCUCCUGUCCGGCACAACCUGGAAGACGAAGAGCAUCAAUCACAUGUAUCUCCGUGAUCAUCGGGACUACAUGUCUCCGGAUCUCUGGUACAUUAUGAAACCGAUAUUAGAGGAAAGUAAGAUUUAAGUGCCGGAUAUUUAUAUUGGAGAAGAGUAAAAUUUGAGUGCAAGCGCCUUCUAGUUCUUGAUUCCCUUGUUCUCGAUGUAAAGACUACUAUGUUGGAAUAGAAGGAAAUGAACAUGAUGACAUGGUCCAUGAUGUAAGACUAAGAGUUCAUCGUGAAAUUUUUGUGAUGGUGCUACCGCUACGGUGUCACUUCCCAAGACUCGCAGGAAGGAUCCUACCUCUGUCUUUGAAAAACGACCACUUUCUCUUACAAAGAAACUAGAGGAGCGAGGUUGCCGAGAGAUAAAAGCAACAACAAUCAAUGUGAUGAGUUGCAUUUUUGAGAGUUGAUGUAUCCCCCCAUUGUAGUUGGCUACGUAUAGAAUCUGGUUGUGCUACUUGAUGUAGAAAAGAACGAGUGUUGUUGCUUCAGGUCUUCGCCGAUACAUUUUUAUUGCCAGCUUUCUUUUUCGCACCAACCUUCAUCCGCACACAAACUAAAUCGAAAUCCUUCGAUCUAGUGAAGAUUGAAACAUUGAAGUAAGUUCCAUAUUAUCAUGCAGUUGCAGCCGGCGGCUCCCUGAAACA